GGAGGACAAACAGCCUCCCAUUUUUUGUCCUAAAAUAGAGUCUGCAGUGAGACUAUAAAAGACAAAUAGUGGAGAGAGUCCCCCUCACCUCUGCCUUGGGCAGCCACCUGACCUCCCCCGGAGGCCCCUCGCUCUCGCUUCUCCUGCUCUCUCCGGUGGUCGUACCCCCCCAUAACACAGCUGCCAAGAUGGCCAUGAAGGACCUCCUGAAAGCUGAAGACAUUAAGAAGGCUCUGGAUGCCUUCAAGGCCGCCGAUACCUUUGACCCUCUGAAGUUCUUCGACAUGGUGGGUCUGAAGGCCAAGUCAUCCGAGGACGUGAAGAAGGCCUUCAAAGCUCUGGACGUGGACAACAGCGGCUUCAUCGAGGAGGAGGAGCUGAAGUUCGUGCUGAAGGGUUUUGCCGCAGACGGCAGGGACCUGACCGACAAAGAAACCAAAGCGUUCCUGGCCUUGGCAGACAAGGACGGAGACGGAAAGAUCGGCGCCGAAGAGUUCGAGGCCUUGGUGCAUCAGUAGGGGGGUUUGCCCCACCGGCCGACUCUCGCUCUCUCCACACCCCUCCACCCCCCCACCCCCCCCCCCCCC